CCAAAAUCUUAAAAAGAAACAAUAAUAAUACAUAAGUACAAUAAAACUUCCAAAUGACACCAAUGCAGGAGCGGGCACCGGGUUUUCGCUUCUACCCAACUGAAGAGGAGUUGGUUUCUUUCUAUCUGCGCAACAAGCUCGAAUCAAAACGAGAGGAAAUAAAUGGCGUCAUCAAAGUCAUAGACAUUUACAGCAUAGAACCAUGGGAUCUACCAAAGUAUUCAGGAGAGUUGUGCCAAGGAGAUACUGAGCAGUGGUUCUUCUUUACACCAAGGCAAGAAAGGGAAGCUCGAGGAGGAAGACCAAAUCGUACCACAGCUUCCGGAUAUUGGAAGGCAACUGGAUCACCUAGCUAUGUUUACUCCUCGGAUAACAGAGUGAUUGGGGUGAAAAAAGCCAUGGUUUUCUACAAAGGGAAAGCUCCUACAGGAAGGAAAACCAAGUGGAAGAUGAACGAGUAUAGAGCCAUUGAGGAAGUAAACAACUCGAGCAACAUCGCUACUCCUAUGUUGAGGCAUGAAUUUAGCUUGUGCCGAGUAUACAUUAUAUCUGGGAGUUUCCGAGCAUUUGACCGGCGCCCAAUUGAGUUAACAAGACACAUACAAGAACAACAAGGGGACCAAGCAGGACCAUCUAAUCAGAAUGCAGCAAUGGUCGAAAGAGCUCCAAGUUCAUCACCUGAAACCUCAUGUUCAGGAGACCUUGUAGAUAACCCAAUGGCCAGAGGGAGUACUGAUUGGGAAAUGAAUCAACACCCUCUUUGGGAUUGGGAACUAUUUAACUGGCCAAAAUGAAGCCACAGGAAUGUCUGAUUGAAGUUUUUGGACAUAACAAAUCAAAUAUAGAUAGAGUAACAGAUUUCCUUUUUGUUUUAAUUUCUUCCUCGCAUACAUAUGUGAAGGAUAACAUUCAGUGACUAAUAAUUCCAAAAAAAAUAAUUAUAUAUGUAAAAAUAGUUAUUUUUUUCUUUUUUUGGCGGGCGGGAGGGGGCAAGAUCCGAAGAGAGCAGCAUAGAGGUGUUAGUAAGGGAGACUGGGUCUGUCGACGUGUGGCUGUAGCAAAGAGAGUACGUAAAUGUUACCAUUUACACCUACCAGCUUUGGAGUCAUACUACUGACGAAAUUUGUCUUUAUUGAGUUUCAACAUGACGUCACAAUUUUAUGACUGAUUUUUUUAAUGGUUGUACAGUAUUGUACAUUGAGACAUCAACAAUAUUGUAAAGAAAAUAUAAAUCUAAAAUGUUCGGACCA